AUGCCUUUGAUUAUGGUUUUGAAAUUGAACAACAACAACACUCGUGUUGUUACGAUCGAUGGCUAUGAGGAUGUUCCUAGGGACGAUGAGAAGUCACUGAAGAAAGCUGUCGCUCAUCAACCUGUUAGUGUUGCCAUUGAGGCUAGUGGCCGAGAAUUCCAGCUUUACAAAUCUGGAGUGAUAACAGGAACAUGUGGAAUAUCUUUGGACCACGGUGUGGUAGUCGUGGGUUAUGGCUCUUCAAGUGGUGAAGAUUACUGGAUCAUUCGUAAUUCUUGGGGAUCUAAUUGGGGAGAAAGCGGAUACAUUAGGCUCCAACGUAACAUAGAUGAUUCAACCGGGAAAUGUGGUGUGGCAAUGAUGGCUUCUUACCCGAUCAAGUCCGUCUCUUCAUUUGAUUUGUUGUCCGAGUUUUGAUUUGGUUUUGCUGUAAAAUAUUUUGAUCUUUAUGGGCUAGUACCAAGAUCAAGUCCUAGUCAGGAGGACCUUAUUUUAACAGCAGGUUGUGCAGGCUCAGGAGCUUCAUGCACCAAAGGAGAUGAUCCAACUGGCCAAAACCGAGCACCUCUAAUCGAAACUAUUCCUUCUGCAUAAGUUCUUCUCCAUUUGAUGCUAAACGAUAAUUUUGAUAAUUUUCAAAUUAUCCGAUAUAAUUUAUUAUUUUACAUUUUAUUGAAUUUUAACUAUUGUAAAUAAAUAC